UCUGUUGAAAGACUGGAAAACUCUUACUGGCCCAGUGGCCUUCAUGUUCAAUGAAAUCUCUUUUAGGGAAAAGAUCAUUUGGAACAUCUGCUGCCCCUGGCAGAAAAGGUGUUCUUGUACUGCUGCCAGAAAGAUAAAUGUGAGAUAAAUUCCAUUUGAGACGAAACAAAAUACCUUACUUCACCUUACCUUUCACACACCCCUUUAGAUAACCCUGUCCCAGCUGGCAUCCGUUAGUAUGGGUCUCUUUUUUUCUCUCAUGCCAGACCAAGCCCUGGGCGUCUCAGACACCUGUCCACUUUGCAUAAGUGACCAGUAUCAGAAUGAGGACAAGGGAGGCACCGAGUUAGUAUAUGUAGGAGAAGAUUACAGCCAUAUUCACUUCACAGCAUCCUAGCUGAAGAGAUCAAGGUUGAGCACUCUACUGAAAUCAAUCCUGUUGGGGGAAUUCACAACAACCACAUCCAGCAUCUAUCAGGAACCAUGGUUUGUUCAGGUGUGCUGAGCCAACUGCUCCUGCUCUCUCUCCUCUCCUCUGGGACUACUGGUGUGAAUGAAGUGAAUCUCAACGCACUCGAAAAAAUCAUUGCGCAUAUUGAGAAUACGUACCAACUAAAAAGUGGUCAGAAUGUCAUUCAGACUGCUGUUGCUGUCCGAUUCCCGGCAGAUCAAUGUGAAUCUGGUCAGCUGAACCCCGCAAUACACCUGCCAUCCCGUGAAGAUGUGAUCUCUGAAAUUCAAAACACAUCGAAAGAUCGAGUGUUUGUGGGAGAAAACCUGGUUGCCGCUCGACCUGUUGGUAAAGGGGAUACAGCUCAUCAUUCCGAGUACAUUCUGUUGGGCAAGAUCAGGGAUGAUAUAAAAACGACUCCCAUGAACUACCUGACCUCAGAUCACCUUAAUGACUGUGUGGUAUUCUACACCUACAACUCCCCCUGUGUGAACCAAUGCCUAAAUCAAAACAAACAAAGAUAUAUCUUACCAUUUGUUGAACGUCUUUGGGAAACUCUCACUGGCCCAGUGGCCUUUGUGUUCAAUGAAAUCUAUCAGGGAACAGAAAAUGUGGAACAACUGCUGUCUCUGGCAAAUAAGGUGUUCUUGUACCGCUGCCAUAAUGAUAAUUGUGCUUAUUGUGGAAAAACAAGGGAAACUCUUCAAGCAAGUAAUUGUGUUGCAACGGGAGAGUAAAUCAAGAAAUCAGAAGGAUAUCAGCACAGUUAAUUUUGUUGUCGCUGUUUACAUUUACUUUUCAUGUCAUUGUCUCUGCACUGUACACCUUCAUAGAUUAAAAAUGUUAGGUAUCUGUGCAGCCUGUGGACGUCAUAUGUGGGUUCGCCCAUAUGCAAAUCUGUAGAAUCAAAAAUGUGUCUUGCUCCAUAUUCUUUGUUUCCACACA